ACAAUCAUGUUUUAUCAGUUGAGCUACAAGAACUAUCUCUCAUGAUAAGCUGUAUUACAGGCCACUUUAACAUGUGAAAUGUAUUUAAACUAUUCCUCCAGUACCAGAAUUAAUUCCCUUUAGGAAAAAGAAAAUCUUAAUUUGGCCCAGAUCAAUGUGGCAGAGCUGCCUAUAUGGAGAACCACUGCUCUGCGGUUUCUACUAUUCUUCAAUUAGAGAUCCUUAAUUGCUAACUGAAUUUCCCUGAGCCGUUCUCUUAUUCAUCGCUAUCAAAGUUUCUGGGCACGUACUGCACUCACCAUGACUUUGCCGUUUCUUAGCAUAGUCUUAUCUCGUUGCCCUGCAACCCUCUCUUGCCAAAUGGUCUUUUUUCUGUGAAAGUGUGAAAAGUUUGCAAGAAAUGGAUGUGCAUUAUUGAUCCCUGAUGGGAAAUUCAGAGCAAAAUAGCAGAAAACAUCAAAUGCAAAACACACAGCUCAGUGUUCCUUCUUGCGCAAGACAUCACAGAGCGAGAUAAAAGAGACACGUGCGAUGUUACUUCAGGCCCAGUUGACAGCUCACAGUAACGUGAGGGCGUGCACAACUGGGAGAUAAGUAAGUGCUGUAUCGUCUGAUGGCAACCAGCGAAAAACUUCCCCAGUAGUGUUUUUUUAUAACUGUUGUCGAACAAGCCAGUGGCUAAAGGUCCUCCAGGAUGAGUGCUGUGGGUAGGACAGGAGAGUAUUUUCUGGAUGGACUCCGAUUUCACCAGCUUCAUCUUCUGUGCCACUGCUUUAGAAGAGCCCAGGUGGUCGCCUCCUCUGCCUGGUGUUAUGGCUUAACUUGGUGCCAGUGAUGAAUGGCUGCCCGGCAAAGUGUGUGUGCUACAGCGAGCCAAGGCCAACCGUGGCCUGUCAACAGCAGGGUCUGUUUUCCAUUCCCACUGAGAUCCCUGUACGUAGCCAGCGAAUAUUCCUCCAGAGUAACAAACUGACAGUAGUCCGAUCAACCAGCUUUAGUUCAGUGCAUAACCUCACCGUCCUGUGGAUGUACUCGAAUAACAUCAGCCAUAUUGAGGCAGGGGCCUUUUACGGGUUGGAAAGACUGGAAGAAUUAGACAUUGGCGACAACAGCAACCUUCGCAUCAUCAGUCCCACUGCGUUUCGGGGUCUGACCAAGCUGCAUACCCUUCACCUGCACAGGUGCGGGCUGUCCGAGCUCCCGGUGGGAGUUUUCCGAGGACUCUUCUCACUUCAGUAUCUCUUCCUGCAGGAUAAUAACCUUCUGGCACUGCAUGAAGACACUUUCCUGGACCUGGCCAACCUCACCUACCUAUUCUUACAUAACAAUAAGAUCAAGGUGGUGACCGAUCACAUGCUGCGAGGUCUCAUCAACCUUGACCGUUUGCUCCUGCACCAGAACCGCAUCAUACACGUGCAACAACGGGCUUUCAAUGACCUGGGCAAGCUGACCACCUUGUUUCUCUUUUUCAACAACCUCACGAUGUUGACAGGAGAGACCAUGAACCCACUGGUUUCCCUCCAGUACCUGAGGCUCAAUGGAAACCAAUGGAUUUGUGACUGUCGAGCCAGACCAUUGUGGGACUGGUUCAAGCACUUCAAAGGGUCCAGCUCUGAGCUGGAGUGCCACCUUCCGACCUCCCUAACCGGAAAGGACCUUAAGCGGCUGAAAAGCGAUGAUUUGGAGGGAUGCGUGGACUCCCCAUCACAGGUUCAAACCAGUAUCUUCAACACCAAGGCACGCUCUGGAAAGUUCCUCUCGCUCGACGAUCCUCUUGUCGAAAGCAUUCCCAGGUGCUGUCUUUCAGAUAAUGACAAAUCCUCCAUUAUCUCCAGUAAUUCCCUCCCGGAUCCUUCAUCCUACAACAGCCGGCAGAUCACCAACAAUCCCCUGAAAGAGAAGGAGAACAUCUCCAAGACCAAGUUUUGGGAGGUGGAGCGAUCGAAAAACGACACCCGUAAUAAGCAGAGUCUCAAUGACGGUCCUUUGGGAACCAUGUCCAACAACCUCGACCAGACCAUAGACAAAAUCAACCCAGAUCUGCUGGACAAUAUGGAACCUUCUACAGCACCAACCAGAAAGAAAAAGAAGUGCUCCAAAAAGCCCAAAUCAGACCAGUAUUGUCUAAAGGCUCAUGGAUCCACCGUUCCAGUAUUGGCAGUUUUCUUUCUCCCCUUGUUCUGGUUGUUUCUGGCUUUGUCCUAGUUCAUACUCUCAUCCAUCAGUUUGCUCUUGACAAUGAUACAAAAUACCUGCAGUAGCCUACGUGGACAGGCAAAAGAUGAUGAAUAGGGGGUUACGAUGUUGCCCCACAUGGUUGAGAAUAAGUUGCAAUGCUAAAGACGCAUUAAAAGAAAUGGAUGCCUUUACAGAAUACAUAAGAUCUAAUGUAUAUAAAACUCGGUGCCCAAAUGUUUGUUCUAUGUACAUUUAAUGUGCUGUGUUUAAGCAACACUGCGGCGAGUUCCCUAUUCCCACAUCACCUCCAAACAACAUUGAUCAGAAAGUGACUAUUGUAGAUGAACCACUAAAUAAGAGAAAGAAAAAAAAAUCUUUAAACCAUGACUAAACUAAACCAGAGUGCCGAAAGCACCCAGGAAUGUUUCCGAUAAGAAAUCGAAGGGAAGUGACGUUUUUUUUUUUUUUUCUCAAUACAUUUAUUUUUCUUUUAAAAGUGAUACAUUUGUUUUAUGCUGUUUUUUAUGUUUCUAAGUAUUUCAGUAAAGACAAACGUUUAACUCUCCCCAAAUAUGUGCUAUGUUGUGUUUUCGUCAUGACACACACUGCAGGUGGCAUCUUGGGAAGGAAUGCUGUCUAUUUGUUCACUGAAAUUGCGAUGGAAUCAUAGAAAUGCAUUUUAUUUUGCUGGUGUACAAGCAUAAAUAUCUGACAAAUAAAAUAUCUCAUUUUUUUACA